AUGGAAAGUGUCAGCGAAGGUCUUCCAAAAUAUUCAAGAAUUUCAAAAUUAGGCAUCAAAUAUGAGAAAAUUGCAAAUCUUCACUGCUUCUUAUUUGACAAAAACGGAGUCCCAAGGUAUUGCAUUGGCCCACAUUGUAAAUUUUCAUUUAGGACCUUUCUUUGUAGGGCUGAAUUCUUUUUUUGUUAUUUUGGCUUUGCUUUUUAUAUUUGUUAUCUGUCCUACUGUAGGGGAUCUUGAUACUUUUUGUGGGGUUAUUAUAUUUGGGUUUUUAAUUGGAAGCUAUACAUUGGCUGCUCUGGUGAACCCAGGAAUUUGUUAUAAUUUUAGUGGGGAUCAAGAAAUGGAAAUUUCAAAUAGUUUGGCAGCUGAAAGAUAUUGUGAAAGAUGUGAAAUCGUGAAAAAUGCUCGUACAACACAUUGUGAUGAAUGCGGAGUGUGCAUUGAUGAAUAUGAUCAUCAUUGCCCGUGGACUAGCAAAUGUAUAGGGAAGAACAAUUUAAUUUUCUUUUAUGGAUUUUUAAUAGGACUGCUCUGCACUUUUAUUUUUGUGAUUGUGACUAUGUCAUUAAAAACAAGAUUUGAGCAUAAAUAA